AUGGCGCUGCCUUUACCGCCGGGCCUCGUGCCGACAGAGGUGGCUUUCCUCUGUGAAAUGGAAUUGGUCACAAUUGUACCUCGCCAGAGGCUGGAAUCCAUCCCACUUCUAAGUGGUGCAACGCCGGCGCUCCGACCGCCGCAUCGCGCGCAAAUCCCGCUCUGGCUGGCCCUGCUACUCAAGAAGCAGCGCCGCGCAAACAUCGUCCCGCCGGCCUGGCUGCAUCCCGCCUCGCUGGCCGAGAUUAUCCACCAAGAGACCAACGUCGACCCGGAGGCCUUCUCCCCGCCGCCUCCGCCCGUGAUGCGCUCCGACGGCCGGGGUGGCGCGCGGCCGUACGCCUCGAACCCGGAGCCGAAGCCCGGAGAUUUGGUGCUUUCGCCCCCCUUUCUGCCCUCGUGUACGGCAGACGCCCCCUCAGGCUACCUGCCGUAUCACUGGCUGGAGAUGUCAGAAACACUGCUUGCACAUGCAGCAGACGAUGUGCCGAGCGCGGCGGAAGUGAGGACGCUGCUGCGUGACCUGCAAGAAGUCCGGGCGGCGAAGAUGAGAGGGAGUACGACGCAGUUGGAGGGCGGCGGCGGCGUGGUAGGACUGAGGGGUGUUGGGGCCAUGGAGUUAGCGGAGAGCAGAGGCUUCGUACAAGGUGUCGUCGAUGGAGUACGGAAGAUCGGCGCCAGCGUCGAGCAAGCAAGGAGAGAGGAUGAAGAGAGGGGAUACGGGGAUGAAGGAGCCGAUGAGAGUGAUGACGAGAUGGGCUUCGAAUGA